GUCCAAAAUUUUCUCUUUUCUUUGUCCUCGAGCUUGAUCUGCGGUUCUGGAGCUCACAGUCAACAUUGGUUCUCAGCUCGAAAGUAGGGUUUGGUUUUCCUGGAGCUCGGGAACCCUAUCCAUGUCUGCGAGGAUCGCGUCGAGGCAAAUUGUGCGCAGACUCUCUUCCAGCGGGAAAGUCCUUGGCGAGGAGGAGAAAGCUGCGGAGAACGUGUACAUCAAGAAAAUUGAGCAAGAGAAGUUGGAGAAACUGGCACGAAAGGGACCCAUACCAGCAGAUCAACCGGCUCCAGAGUCCGCAGCUGCUGCUGAAUUGAAGCCUCGUGGGUCUUCAUCGAGCUCCGGUGUCUCCACCGAUCGGAACCGAAACUAUGCCGUGCUUGCCGGAACCAUCACUGGCUUAUCUGCACUAGGCUGGUACCUUCUCUCCAAGCCCAAGAAAUCCAUAUCUGAAGAAAUCUCCAGCUGAGCUAUGGAUUUCUGAGUAACUACUUUCUUGAAUCAAUUGCUAUUUCUCAUUGGGUUUCUUCUGCAAAUCAUACAUUUUAUUUUCUUUUUGAUAUUUAGUCUUUUGUCUACUGUUUUGCUGUUUAGGCUAUAAUUUUGCUUCAGUUCUAAUGCAUCUGAAUGUUUAACA